AUGUAUCCCCCUCCUGAGGUUGAACGACCUAGUGGUAAGGGUGAUGAUUCCUCCAGUUUUGAAAAGGCCUUGGUUGCUGAAGGGUUGCGCUCUUUAGGGAAAACCGUGUCUGACAAAGGGAAAUCUGUGGCCUCUAACACGGCUAAUGCUUCCCACUUUGAGAAGCAUGAUGAUGCAAAUGUUGUGAUUGAUCUAGAGGAUGGUAGCUCUGAUGAUCAAGAGGAAAACUUGAUUCAUCACAUAAAGCCAAGUGUGGCUAAACGCAUGAAGACUCGCAAAGGAAAAUAUGUGGUUGAACUUAUGCCAGCUAGGGAAGCUAAGAAGACUGCUGUCAUUGGUCCCUCCAAACCAUGGAGCAAGGUUGAAAUAAAGAAGAGGAAGGUCAGAGAUGAUUCUGAUCCUGAAGAGGAUGUUGAGGAAGAUGUCCCUGACAUCUCGCAUGUGAAGAAAACUACUGUUAGGAAGUCUCCUAUUAAAGUACAUGUUGUUCAUUUGGAUAACAUCUCCUUCCAUCUUAAGGAUGAAGCUGCUAAGUGGAAAUUUGUGAUUCAGAGAAGGGUAGAUGUGGAAAGAGAAUCGGGAAAAGAUGUUGCUGAUGUCAAGGAGGUCAUGGACCUGAUACAAGCUGCUGGGCUUUUGAAGACUGUUGUUGGGUUCUCUCAAUGCUACGAAGGUUUAGUCAAGGAAUUUAUUGUUAAUAUUCCUGAGGAUAUUUCUGAUAAGAACAGUAAGGAGUUCUCCAAGGUGUAUGUGAGGGGUAAGUGUAUAACAUUCUCUCCUACUGUUAUUAAUAAUUUUCUAGGCAGAAAUAAUGAGGGUGCAGGAGAAUUAAAGGUUACAGACAAUCAAGUUUGUAGAGAGAUUACAACUAAGCAGGUGAAAGUUUGGCCUUUUAAAAAGCAUCUUCCUGCUGGGAAGUUGACUAUCAAGUAUGCUAUCCUGCAUAAAAUAGGAGCUGCUAACUGGGUCCCUACCAACCAUAUCUCCACCAUUGCUAAUACUCUUGGGAGGUUUAUUUUUGUUGUUGGGACAAUAGUGAAAUUUGACUAUGGUAGAUAUAUGUUUGAUCAAAUCAUCAAGCAUGCAACUACUAAUGCAGUUAAGCUGCCAAUUGCUUUUCCCUCUAUGAUCUGUGGAAUUAUCUUGAAUCAACAUCCUGGUAUUCUGUGCUCAAAUGAUUUACCUAGUAGGAGAAAACCAGCCCUGUCUGUGCACUACAAACUCUUUGAAGGCAGUCAUGUCGAGGAUAUUGUCAUGACAUCUACCAUGAGGAGGCCAGUCUCAAAAGUUGGAGCAAUUGAUGAGCUUGAGGAGGCAUACAAAGAGCUAGGUGAAGGGAUUAGUGUAGCCACAACUAGAAAACAAUCUUUGGAAAGCCUUGAUUGA